UCCCCCUGCUCACCUUGGGGUUUCCCUGACUGCAUCUUGUCCCCUUCUCUUAUCCGUUUUGCCCUGUCUCUCGGAUGGCUGUCUCUCCGCGGGCAGGCAGGAGGCCGUCAUCUGCACCUUGCCCCGCCCCACUCACUGUCUCUCUCCCCCCGCAGGUUCUCCCCAUGACACCACCUGGAAGGCUCUACCUCCUGCGGGUGUGCAGCGCCCCCCUCCUCCUCCUCCUUCUGGGGCUGCUGCUGGCCCUGCCGCCUGAGGCCCAGGGGCUUCCUGGUGUUGGCAUCUCACCCUCAGCUGCCCGGACUACCUAUCAGCACCCUCAGAAGCACUUCGCACAAGGCACCCUCAAACCUGCUGCUCAUCUUAUUGGAGACCCCAGCACCCAGAACUCACUGCGCUGGAGAGCAAACACAGAUCGUGCCUUCCUCCGCCAUGGCUUCUCCUUGAGCAACAAUUCCCUCCUGGUCCCCACCAGUGGCCUCUACUUUGUCUACUCUCAGGUGGUCUUCUCUGGGGAAGGCUGCUUCCCCAAGGCCACCCCAACCCCUCUCUACCUGGCCCAUGAGGUCCAGCUCUUCUCCUCCCAGUACCCCUUCCACGUGCCUCUCCUCAGUGCUCAGAAGUCCGUGUGCCCAGGGCCACAGGGACCUUGGGUGCGCUCUGUGUACCAGGGAGCUGUGUUCCUGCUCACCCAGGGAGAUCAGCUAUCCACUCACACAGAUGGCAUCUCCCACCUACUCCUCAGCCCCAGUAGUGUCUUCUUUGGAGCGUUUGCUCUGUAGAAAUCUCCAGAAAGAAAACUAAUUGGUUUCAAGACCUUCUCCCAUUUUGCCUCCGUGCUGACCACUUCAAGGGUGUCACCACACCUCUUUUGACCAUUCCACGUGUCUCAAGUCUCCCUGCUCAU